AUGAGAACUCUUUCUUUAAUUGAAGGUCAAUUUAGAGCAAAUGAGAAAUCCUGUGCAGCAAGACAGAUCGAAGAAAAGUCGGUAAUAUGUGUUUGCAACUCCACAUACUGCGACGAGUUAACGAGAGAAAUCCCUCAGAAAGGUCACUACGUUACUUAUACUUCAUCCAAGACAGGAUCACGUUUUAAGAAAAACUUUGGAAAAUUCAAGCCAAUUCGCGGUCAAGAAAAAUGUAAGUAUUUUUUCGAAUUGCACCCGUAUAAGAUGUAUCAGACGAUAGAAGGCUUCGGGGCGGGGGCCACUGGGACCGCUGGAUAUAAUGUUAAAAGCUUGCCGCGUCCCGCGCAGGAAAACUUGAUUAAAUCCUACUUUAGUGACAAGGGCUUGGAGUAUAACAUGCUUCGGGUUCCCAUCGGUGGGAGUGACUUCUCCCUGAGCGAGUUCGCCUAUAACGAGUCACCAAUCGACGACUAUGAUUUGACGAACUAUACGCUGUCCAACGAAGAUUACCACUAUAAGAUACCGAUAAUUAAAAGAAUGAUGGAUGUAUCCAAGUCGCCUGUAUACGUCAUCGCCUCUACCUGGUCGCCUCCUAAGUGGAUGAAGUACUAUACGGAUAACAAUCCUACGUGUGGUUUCCUGAAGAAUGAAUUCUACCAGACGUACGCUGAUUAUCACUUGAAAUUUUUAGAAAAAUACGCCCUGGAAGGAAUUCCGGUUUGGGGAAUCACAACGACUAAUGAGCCGACAGUUGCCUUCACCGAUAUACCAGCCAAGAUCUGCAUAGCAUUUAUUGCAAAACAAAUGGGUAAAUUUAUAGCUGAAAAUCUGGGGCCGACGAUUCGCAAUUCAACGUUUAAGGAAACCAAGAUCCUUGCGCUGGAUGAUCAGCGGUAUACGAUUACUAGCGAUUUCUAUGAUAUUAUAAAUAAUUAUCCUAAGGUGUUGGAUUACAUCGAUGGCCUAGCAGUUCACUUUUAUUUUGACACGAGCACUCCCGUUCAGACCCUUAAGGAUUUGCAUGAGAGAUAUCCAGAACUCUUUGUGAUCGCCACCGAAGCUUGCAGAGGAAAUCUUCCGACUGACGAGAAAAGAGUCGAUUUAGGAUCUUGGGAAAGAGGUGAAGACUACAUCAAAGACAUUAUUCAGGAUUUGAACAACAAUAUAAUUGGAUGGAUGGACUGGAAUUACUGUCUUGACACAAAUGGAGGUCCAAACUGGGGAGGCAGUUAUGUUGAUUCUCCCAUAAUUGUGGACGCAGUUAAAGGGGAAUUUCUUAAGCAACCAAUGUUCUACGCAAUGGGGCAUUUCUCGAAGUUCAUUCCACGUGGUUCUAGAAGGAUCAGGGUGGAGGAGAAGAGUUCAUCCAAAGGCACUGACGAGGUUGCGUUUGUUACGCCACAGAACACCGUCGUCCUUGUGAUUUAUAAUGAGUAA